AUUUAUUUAAAAAAACAAAAUUUGGAAGGACCCCUCUACUUUCGUGCGAAAGAAAAACCGCUUGGCUCAUUCCAAUUGAAUUCCAAGUAGAAAACUUAUUUAUUGAACUAGAAAUAAUAAACUGAUAUUUAAUCAUCGUCUAAAGUUACAUAUAAAACGAACGAAAAAAAUAAUCGGUUGUUUGUAUUCCAAGUAAAUAAAACGUCAUAGCAAUGUGAGUCAUACCAACGGAUUAAAUUUUGCAUCCCUACUACGCCUAAAGUUUCCGAUGUACUUAUAUUAAGAAAGUGCUAAUGUAGUUUUAACAAUUAUUCGAGCAGGUAAAUAAUUUUGGCGUUUCUCCAAUUGCCGAAUUCGCGAGCGAUUUAAAAUCUAAAUGAAUCACUUUCAAGGAUUUAGAAUCUCUCUCGCUCUGCUGUUAACUUCUGGAUGUUGGUAAUUAUUUCCUGUAAUUAACAAAUUCUAGAGUAACAGUUGUCAAGUCGAAAGCACAAUUUGUAUUGUAAAUUUUACAUAACGUUUAUUUUUGGACCAGUUUAAUAUGAGGUCCCAACGUCUUUUUGACUGCUGUUGAGUGGAUUGUCCGAUCAGAAUGCCCGAGUUGAUGUAGCGGAGCCUUGUCAAAUUACGUAGUGUUUGGUGUGCUGUGCUCUGUCAGUGUCACGUUGUUCUAAACAUGUCUGAAGAUGGUUUCUCGGAUCCUUACGACGAACCCAGCAUGGACUUGUUCAUCGAGACGCUUACCGGUACCAUCUUUGAAAUGCGAGUCUAUCCUUCCGAUACGAUCUUAGACAUUAAGAAGAAAAUUCAGCGUGUCGAAGGCAUUCCAAUACACCAUCAGAACCUACUGUUUCGCAUGGAGGUGGUUGAGGAUUACAAACGAUUGUGCGACAUCGGAUUGGUUAGUGGCUCCACAUUGAAACUUGUGUUGGCUAUGCGAGGUGGGCCUAUCUCGACACGAAGACUCACGACGUGCGAUCAUCACUUGAUCUUGAAAGAUUUAAAAGACUUAAUUGAACAUACAAGAGAGCAAUUGGGAAGCAAAUUAAGCGCGGGCACCAAAGUGUCCGUCUUGGUCUUCAAAGAUGGCGACAUUAUAAAUUUAAUUCGCGUCAUCGAAAACGACGACGGCUCCUGCGAAAAGUCGACCUCGACAAAGACCGAAUCUCAAGAGAGCCGUCCCUUAGGCGUUUACAAUAAAUUGCAGGAGAAUAACGUGAUGCUGGCGAAAAUAACCGACCUACGAAAGAGGAUGUCGGACGUAUCUUUGAAGCGGCACUUUAAAAACAGCAAGCCGAUGGAGGUGGAGGAAAGUACGUCGGUCGGUUGUAUCGGCGAGAAGCCGGUGAAGGUGAGCGAGGAGGAUUUCGAGGAGUUCAAGGAAAAAUUGCCAUAUGCCGAUGCCGGUUUGAGCUAUCGACUGCUGCGCCAAUUUAGGAAGGACGCGGAGAGUCUUUUAAAAUUGCACGAGAGUCAGUUUGACGAGGACGAAACAGAAGACAGCGACGACCUGGACGAAGCGUUGAAAGUUUGCGAGGACUCGAUCGCGUUGAAGGAGAAGCACAGAGGAAGGAAUAGCUUUUAUAAUAUACUGUUUCAAGAUCCCUCGCUGAGGCCGGAGAAACCCAUCAGGGCUUCGCACGGCAAAUCGAACGGCGAGCCUUCCGUUUCGACUACGUUUUCGAACGCCGCGCGAGAGCGAUCUAGAGGUAACGAAGCUAGGGAGAAACAUAUGGAUGGCUUAUCGGACGACGGCUCUGUACUGUCGCCGUUGUAUAAUCGAUAUGGUCAUAAGUACGAAAGUAAAAUUACUUUGCCCGAUAUUACUUGUGAUCUGGAAAUUUCGCCGCCCACAUCCGCUUCUUCUAUAGCAGAGUCUAUAGCUAUUAUAGACGACGAUAACGAAAAUGAGGAGAAGGAGGUGCUAUCUCCGAUCGGGGUGCCUUUUGCUGGAACUAUGUCCAUGUCUAAGGUACCUGCUCACAACAGUGUCCGUCUGACGCCGCUCUUACUACAAAACAGCAGCGAUCGGCCGAAAAGUAAUCCCGACGCGGUCAAUUUGGAAGAAAAGGCACAAGAAAUCUGUGAUAUUUUUAGUGGCGGCGAAGCGACUGAGAACUUUAGUACUAAAAAAUUAGGACUCUUGAAACGUUGGCAAAGUGUCGACUGUUCCUCGGAGGAAGUGUGUAACUCGAGUGGUGCGAGGAACGCGAUAAACGUUAAAGAAAAUAGUGAUAGUUCAGACUAUGUAAUUGACCGUAACUGCUACGUACCUUCCAUAUUCUCAACCAGUCCCAGUACGUCCCCAAAGAAUGAUCGCAUCAGCGACUUAUACUUUGGGAACACAUUAAGCUCGGAUAAAAUAUCUAGGUCACCACUUUAUCGUAGGUAUUCCCAGAUUGGUAAUUCGUCCACGGAAAUUGGCAGUAACGAAACAAUCUCCAAGUUCAGUGACAAUCACAGCAGGGGAAAAUUGCACAGUCUAUCUUCCACGUGGGGGCCUUUAAAUAUAGAGUCUAGGCCUAAACAUAACAAUGAAACUAAUACAAAUUGUGAUAAUCUACUAAAUAUUCAACCACUAACCGGAACGCUGUAUAACAUUCUAAGCAGUAGAGGUGAGAAUAGAAUGGAACUAAAUCCUCUACGAAUUAGAAGCGACGAGGAAUCUAAGGUACUCGCGAGUGAAUUAAAAGGAUUAUGUUCGGUUUCGAUCGACGGCGACCGUAAAACAAUUAAUAAAAUAGAGGUGGACACAACAAAACUUGAAAACUUACCCGCAAUAAUAGAUAAAAAAAGAAUGCGGUGCGGUGAGUGCAAUAAACGAUUGAAUAUUACGAACAUGUAUCACUGUCGAUGCGGCGGUAUUUUUUGCGGCCAGCAUCGAUACUCGGAGGUGCACCGUUGUAAUUACGAUUAUAAAUCUGAAGGACGCAAACUAAUUGAACAGCAAAAUCCCGUAAUUGUUGCCGAUAAACUAAAUAAAUUAUAAAUUCGUGUGAGUGCGCUGAAAUUUGUGUGUGCCUACUUUCCUCGUAUAUAUUGGUUAAUUGUUAGUGUUUUUCUUUUGGACUUGAUUAUUAUUUUAUUGUAUUUACACCUUUUCUUUUUGUAUAUAUUUAAAACUGAAAUUAAUAAAGCUUAAAAUAAUGCAUUCACACAACCAAA